UCCGCCUCGCCGGGCUGUGGUGGCGGCGGUGCCUGCUCCGCUGUUGUGGUGAGCGGGAGCUUCCUGGCGACCCGGGCCCAGCACCUACCGCCUGCGGAGCGGUCCAGUCUCGCCGGUGGACCUUGCGGCCCGCUCUCCCUGUCACAGGCUGUCACCGGCAGUCUGGCUGCCUCCGCGCUGGGAGAACAUCGCCUCAGGGCCAUGUCCAGGCCCGACAGCGUCUCCCCGCGGCCGCCCGCUCCGGGCGGUGGCGGCGGCGGAGGCGGAGGCGGCGGCGGCGGCGGCCCCGCUGCCUGUGGGUCUGGGGGCGGCCGCCGGGCCAAGGGGCUGAAGGACAUUCGCAUCGACGAGGAGGUGAAGAUCGCCGUCAACAUCGCGCUGGAGCGCUUCCGCUACGGGGACCAGAGAGAAAUGGAAUUUCCUUCUUCUUUGACCAGUACUGAAAGAGCCUUUAUUCAUCGAUUGAGUCAGUCUCUUGGUUUGGUCUCCAAAAGUAAAGGAAAGGGAGCAAAUAGAUACCUAACUGUGAAGAAGAAAGAUGGAUCAGAAACAGCUCAUGCAAUGAUGACCUGUAAUUUGACUCAUAAUACAAAACAUGCUGUUAGGAGCCUAAUUCAGAGAUUUCCUGUCACCAAUAAAGAGCGUACUGAACUUCUGCCUAAAACAGAAAGAGGAAAUGUGUUUGCAGUUGAAGCUGAAAACCGAGAAAUGAGCAAGACAAGUGGACGACUCAAUAAUGGCAUACCUCAAAUUCCAGUGAAAAGAGGAGAAUCUGAAUUUGAUUCAUUCAGGCAGUCUUUGCCAGUGUUUGAAAAACAAGAAGAAAUUGUUAAAAUAAUUAAGGAAAAUAAAGUAGUUUUGAUUGUAGGAGAAACUGGGUCUGGAAAGACUACACAGAUUCCUCAGUUUCUUUUAGAUGAUUGCUUUAAAAAUGGUAUCCCCUGCCGUAUAUUUUGUACUCAGCCAAGACGAUUAGCAGCUAUUGCUGUGGCUGAAAGAGUUGCUGCAGAGAGAAGAGAAAGAAUUGGUCAAACAAUUGGAUAUCAGAUUCGAUUAGAAAGCAGGGUUUCUCCAAAGACACUUCUGACAUUUUGUACUAAUGGGGUGUUGCUUCGUACAUUGAUGGCAGGUGAUAGUACAUUGUCAACUGUGACACAUGUUAUUGUGGAUGAAGUGCAUGAAAGGGAUCGAUUUAGUGAUUUUUUACUUACAAAGUUAAGAGAUUUGUUGCAGAAGCACCCAACUUUGAAAUUAAUUCUUUCUAGUGCUGCUUUGGAUGUAAAUCUCUUUAUAAGAUACUUUGGAAGUUGUCCAGUGAUACAUAUACAAGGAAGACCAUUUGAAGUAAAGGAAAUGUUUCUGGAAGAUAUUUUAAGAAGUACUGGAUAUACAAACAAAGAAAUGUUAAAGUAUAAAAAAGAAAAACAACGAGAAGAAAAACAGCAAACCACGCUUACAGAAUGGUACUCAGCUCAAGAGAAUACUUUCAAGCCUGAAUCUCAGAGACAGAGAACUGUUCCAAAUGUGACUGAAGAGUAUGAUUUAUUGGAUGAUGGGGGUGAUGCUGUCUUUAGCCAGCUGUCAGAGAAAGAUGUGAAUUGUCUUGAGCCAUGGCUAAUAAAGGAAAUGGAUACUUGUCUUUCGGACAUAUGGCUGCAUAAAGAUGUUGAUGCCUUUGCUCAGGUCUUUCAUCUUAUUUUAACUGAAAAUGUUAGUGUUGAUUACAGACAUAGUGAAACCAGUGCAACAGCUCUGAUGGUUGCUGCAGGACGAGGCUUUGCAAGUCAAGUAGAGCAGUUAAUUAGUAUGGGAGCCAAUGUCCAUAGUAAAGCAUCAAAUGGCUGGAUGGCCUUAGAUUGGGCUAAACACUUUGGGCAGACUGAAAUUGUGGAUCUUCUAGAGUCUUACAGUGCUUCAUUGGAAUUUGGAAAUCUAGAUGAAAGUUCUCUGGUUCAAACAAAUGGAAAUGACCUCAGUGCAGAAGAUAGAGAGCUCCUAAAAGCUUAUCAUCAUAGUUUUGAUGAUGAAAAAGUAGAUUUGGAUUUGAUCAUGCAUCUUCUGUACAAUAUCUGCCAUAGCUGUGAUACUGGUGCAGUAUUAAUUUUUCUACCUGGAUAUGAUGAAAUCGUUGGUCUGAGAGAUCGCAUCCUGUUUGAUGACAAGCGGUUUGCUGACAAUGCACAUAGAUAUCAGGUCUUUAUGCUUCACUCAAAUAUGCAAACGUCUGAUCAAAAGAAAGUAUUAAAAACUCCACCUGCAGGUGUUCGUAAAAUAAUUCUUUCCACAAAUAUUGCUGAAACCAGCAUAACAGUCAAUGAUGUUGUCUUUGUUAUUGAUUCUGGAAAAGUAAAAGAGAAAUCCUUUGAUGCUUUGAAUUUUGUUACCAUGUUAAAAAUGGUCUGGAUUUCAAAAGCUAGUGCCAUACAACGAAAAGGCAGAGCGGGGCGAUGUAAACCUGGAAUUUGUUUCCGUCUGUUUAGCAGACUCCGAUUUCAAAACAUGUUGGAAUUUCAGACUCCGGAACUUUUGAGAAUGCCGUUACAGGAACUUUGUUUACAUACCAAACUGUUAGCUCCAAUUAAUUGUACCAUUGCUGAUUUCCUUAUGAAAGCUCCUGAGCCUCCACCAGCUUUAAUUGUAAGAAAUGCUGUACAGAUGCUUAAGACAAUAGAUGCAAUGGAUACAUGGGAAGAUCUCACUGAGCUUGGAUAUCAUUUGGCUGACUUGCCAGUAGAACCACAUCUUGGUAAAAUGGUGCUAUGUGCCGUUGUUUUAAAGUGUCUGGACCCCAUCCUUACGAUUGCCUGCACAUUAGCUUACCGAGACCCUUUUGUACUGCCUACUCAGGCCUCUCAAAAACGUGCUGCUAUGCUUUGUAGGAAACGUUUCACUGCAGGAACCUUCAGUGACCACAUGGCACUUCUCAGAGCAUUCCAGGCAUGGCAGAAAGCACGAAGUGAUGGGUGGGAGCGAGCCUUUUGUGAGAAGAAUUUCCUUUCACAAGCUACCAUGGAAAUAAUUAUAGGCAUGAGAACACAGUUGCUUGGUCAGCUUAGAGCAUCAGGUUUUGUUAGAGCUAGAGGAGGUGGUGACAUUCGAGAUGUUAAUACGAACUCUGAGAACUGGGCUGUUGUUAAAGCUGCGUUGGUGGCAGGCAUGUACCCUAAUUUAGUCCACGUGGACAGAGAGAAUGUAGUAUUGACAGGGCCCAAGGAGAAAAAAGUACGAUUUCAUCCUACUUCAGUUCUCAGUCAGCCUCAAUAUAAAAAGAUUCCUCCAGCCAAUGGUCAAGCUGCAGCAAUCCAGGCACUGCCCACUGACUGGCUUAUUUAUGAUGAGAUGACCAGAGCCUAUAGAAUAGCUAAUAUUAGAUGUUGUUCAACAGUGACACCUGUUACUGUUUUGGUAUUCUGUGGGCCAGCUAGGUUGGCAAGUAAUGCUCUUCAGGAACCUUCAUCCUUUAGAGAUGGCAUUCCCAAUGACAGUAGUGACAGUGAAAUGGAGGACAGAACUACUGCUAAUUUGGCGGCUUUGAAGCUUGAUGAGUGGCUCAAUUUUAAGCUAGAGCCAGAGGCAGCCAGUUUAUUGCUGCAACUCAGACAGAAGUGGCACAGCUUAUUUUUACGCCGAAUGAGAGCUCCAUCUAAACCUUGGUCUCAGGUUGAUGAAGCCACCAUAAGAGCAAUUAUAGCUGUUCUAAGCACUGAAGAACAGUCUGCAGGUUUGCAACAACCAUCUGGGAUUGGCCAAAGGCCACGGCCUAUGUCUUCAGAAGAACUUCCUUUGGCAUCAUCUUGGAAGGCAAAUAAUAGUAGGAAAAGUGCAGCAGAUUGUGAAUUUUCUGAUGAGACUACUACUACAGAAAGAGUACUGAUGAAAUCUCCAUCUGCAUCAUUACAUCCACCUCAGAAAUACAAAGAUAGAGGAAUUUUACAUCCUAAACGAAGCACAGAUGACCGAUCAGAUCAGUCUUCUGUAAAAUCUACAGAUAGCAGUAGUUACCCAAGCCCUUGUGCUAGUCCUUCUCCUCCAUCCUCAGGAAAGGGUUCAAAAUCUCCUUCACCAAGACCAAACAUGCCUGUUCGAUACUUCAUAAUGAAGAGUAGCAAUCUGAGAAACCUUGAAAUUUCUCAACAGAAGGGUAUCUGGUCUACUACCCCAAGUAAUGAGCGAAAGCUAAAUCGAGCCUUUUGGGAAAGCAGCAUGGUUUACUUGGUAUUUUCUGUUCAAGGAUCUGGACAUUUCCAGGGCUUUUCAAGGAUGUCUUCUGAGAUAGGAAGGGAGAAGAGCCAAGACUGGGGCUCAGCUGGACUAGGUGGAGUAUUUAAGGUGGAGUGGAUACGAAAAGAAAGUCUUCCCUUUCAGUUUGCACAUCAUUUACUUAAUCCUUGGAAUGACAACAAGAAAGUGCAGAUAAGCAGAGAUGGGCAGGAACUAGAACCUCAGGUUGGUGAACAGUUGCUCCAGUUAUGGGAACGCCUUCCAUUGGGAGAAAAGUCCACAACUGAUUGACACUCAGAACUCAGCUGUGGAAGAAAUCAUGCCUAUUAUAACUAUUGAAUGCACUGACUUCCAAAAAUUGAAAUAGGGUUUUAUAUCACUGAAUGGCCUUUUCUCAUUUAGAAUGUUGCUUCAGAGUCACCACCGUAUUUAUAUGUAAGAGAAAAGGAUCAUUUAAAUCUUUGUAGUGAUCAUAAGGGAUUCCUAUGUAAUGUUUGUUAAUAAUAUGUUCAUAAGGAAUAAAAUAGUAAUAGUUUAUUAUUUGACAUAACUGCAAUAUAUUUUAAACAAACUUAAUUUGAAGUUAAACGUUUCCUUAAAACCCUGAUUUACAACUUUUUUUUUUGCUACCCUGAAUUGAACUUAGAACCUUGUGCUUACCAGAUAGGUCCUUGAGCCGCUGAGCUAUAUCCCGGCUUACAACUUUUACAGCUGUAAUGCAGGAAAGGCCUGAAUGUAUCAAUACAUCUGAGCAGCAUUUUAGAAGAGUCAACUCUUUAAGAAAUACUAGCAAAUACAACCAUCAACCAAAUUCUAAAAAUAUCCCUUUUAAAAAUAGUGUGUUAAGUUCUAUUCAUUUUAUCGUUUUUAAUCUAAAAUACAUUAAAGAUAAAAGGAGAGAUGUUCUUUUGGUGUGAUUAUAAAAUGUAGUAGAAUCUGGAAAAAAAAAAAACAAAAAAAGGCAGAAUUUCUCCCUGCUUUUGAUCAGAUCAAGUGCUUAGUUUUAUUCCUGGUCCUGCCUUUUUCACUUGAUGUAUACCGUACCCUUUCUUUUUUUCCAUCCAUUUAGCAAACUUCACACAUCUCUUAUAUGAGCACAGUAAUUAUGCCCUUUUUAUUUUGGUUACAGAAACUUGAUUUAGAUAAAAGUUAAAAACAAAUUCGUACAAGUUUUAAAUAAUGCUCAGAAAAAGUUAUUGAUAGCUUGGUUGCUAUGUAUUCUUGAAACUAAACCACAAAAAGGCCACAGUUCCAAAUUUCUUUUUUUAUUUCUUUUACAUUGCUUUUUCUUUACUUAUGUUCUCAAAUACGAGUUCUCUUUUUUUACAUUUAUGAUUUAAUAAAUAGGGCAUAAUUUUUUCCUUGUUUCUUUUUUGUGCAAACCUGUACUAAUGUCAAGUUAUAUAUUACUUGGCCUUCUCAGGGUUAUUUGGCUUGAUACUGUUUAUGAAGUUUUCCUGGAGACUUUUUAAAGGGAAAAUAGAAGUACAGGAAAAGUGAAUGAAAUAUCUUCCUUACUGAGAUCUAAAUAUUGAACAGGUUUGAUAUAUUUGUAAUGAUAUAUUUGAGUCAUUAUUAUUAAAAGAACAUGAAUCCAAUUUAAAGACCAAAAAGAAAAUGCUUAAGUUCUGUGGUUCUCCAUUUGAGAAUAAAGAAGUGAAAAAUUAUGAGUCAACAUAAAAUCUUCAGAACCCUCUACUUUUUCUGAGUAAACAAUGUAUAUUGCUAUGUUAAUUUAGAAUGUCAGCUGUGAAUUUUGCCUGUAUUAGUAACUAGCUUUUUAAAAAUACUUUGAGAUAUACCUAUAAAUUCAGUUAAUGUGUGAAAUACCUAUAAAUUCAGUUAAUUAUGUGAAAUAUGUUCCAUUGUAUGUAUUAUAUUUUUUUCUUAUUAGAGUAACUUGUAUUUUCCUGAUAAUGUAUACUUUUUUUAGAAAAAGUGUACAUUUAGUAGUUUACAGUGUUCAAAAUUUGGAAGGACUUUUUAAAAUUAAACUUGUUUAAUUUUAAUCUGUUUUCUAAUAUUUAUCCCUGUAUAUAAAUGAUGGGUUUAUUGGUAAAAUGAAUACAAUUUGAAUGUAAUUAAAUGCUGUUUUUGGAAGAGAUGAACUUUAAAUAUACUUAUUAAAUGAAAUUCUAUUAAGUUA